CUUUAAGUGACUGAAAGCUUGCAACGAGGUUCGCUCUGCCGGUGACGGACGGGGGGAUGGACUCAAACUUCGUAUCUGACACGCGAGGCACGUAUGUGCCUCUGUAAACAUGGGCCGAGGCAGCAGCGUUUUCUGCAUCUAUAUUAAUCGUGCACGCUCGUCCGCGUCGCCCCCAUCCGCCAGGGCCGAAUUGUUCUUCCUCUUCUUCCCCCGGACAAAAACAGGACACAUCGGCCCACCCCCAUUAGGGACUCACCGCUGGUGCAGUUGUUUCCCGCUCCGUUUUGUCUCGAAACUCGUGCCAACUGCCGUCUCGCACCCACCCUCCCCUCAUCUCUCUCCGACAUGGAUCCCAUCCGCGCCCGUAAACGACCCACUCCGGGAUCGGGGACAGUACAGCGGGUCCGGCCAUCCGCCCGCCAGGUGUCCGAGACGAGGCCGGACCAGCGCGUUGGCUUCACGGACCUACCGGCCGAAAUCCACCUCCUCAUCUCCCAGCAGCUCAUCUACCCCGACGCGCUCUCUCUGAAGCACACCAGCAGCUACUUCUACUACCUCGUCGACACGGGCGUGCGCCUCAAGGUGGAAUGGCUCAUGGAGCGCCGCAUGCUGCACCUCGAGUGCCCCAAUGAUAGGCGGUGCGACCUCGGCAGUGACCUUCGCUUCUGCAGAGGCAGCGUACCUCUUCUGAUGCAGAGACGGCGAGAACACAUGGAGUGCGAGUCGAGACCGGGCCUCGGCUGCCUGGUCUACGGCACGUCCGUGUGCUCCCACCGCCGAAAGAUCAGCGCGCGAUGCCAACGCUGGCUGAGGCGCAGGCUGACGGUGGAGCUGUGGUGGGUUCUGCUCGCCCUGCUGCCAGUCGUCCUGUGCUGGCUCUGGAUGGGCGAUGUCGUGGCAUGGACUCCCGGAAGCACUACAGGUUUGAGCCCUUCGCCAUGACAGAGUCAUAUGAUUCGGCGACGAACUGAAAAGCUUUCAACGGGGGCGUCUAUUCUUAUCUCUCGCCUUUUUCAGAAAGGGAAUGCACAAGGCGUCGUGGCAUAGUAUAUUCUUCUUAGAUCCUUGUGAUAGUUUGCCUGGUACCUUACUUGAUGGGUGUCUCAAGCGCUAAGUGACUCUAUUGGAAUGAUGAAGGCAGGCGUUCAACAUCUCAUGCAUUGAACGCUGUAUAUGAUUGGUUUACACACUUUGGCUGCUGGUUUGUUUGCAUCUGACUAUCUAGAUCUAAGCGUUUUCUGUAGCCGUUUUUUUUUUUUGUCGUCAGCUACUUGUGAUGAACCCCCCGAAUUCCGCUGGGAAACUGCUUGGAAACAAUGUAACGCUUUGCAAGCAUCUUUCAGCUAGAGUUUAGUAGUCCCUGAAGACUUCC